UGAAAUCCGAGUUUCACACGUGGAUCCAGCACAUUGGACAGGGCCGUAGGCCUGAGCAAUCGAGAGCAGAGAAGACGGAGUCAUGGAUGGAGAUACUUAUGGAGCCAGCAGAGUGUCGGCAGCAGCAGAACGGGUGGAAUUUAACUUGAUUUUGGUUCAUCUAGAUCUUAAAGGGGCGCCACCCAAGGUCUCUUAUCUAGCAGAGGUCUUCCCACUGUUUUCCGCCCUGGGAGCGAAUGGCUUGCUGAUAGAGUAUGAGGAUACGUUCCCUUACUGUGGGCAGCUGGCGUCAUUACAGGCGGUGCAUGCUUACAGCCCACAAGAAAUUGCGGAAAUCUUACAGCUGGCGAAGCUUCAUCGCCUAGAAGUCAUCCCGCUGGUACAAACAUUUGGUCACAUGGAGUUUGUGCUAAAGCACAGGGAGUUCUCCCACCUGCGGGAAGUUCCGGCUUAUCCCAACAGCUUGAACCCACACAGAGAAGAGUCGCACCAGCUGCUGCAGGCUAUGAUUAGCCAGAUGAUGGCGCUGCACCCGGGCGUCCGCUGGCUCCACAUUGGCUCUGAUGAGGUUUAUUACCUAGGAGAAGGGGAGGAGUCCCAGCAGCAACGUUCUGAACUGUCUUUGUCUGUGGAAGACAUUUUCCUGUCUCACCUCAGGGCGGUGGCUGCACAUGUAGUGACUUCCUACCCUGGUGUCACACCAAUUGCAUGGGACGACAUGCUUCGUGGUGCUAGCGCUCAGGCACUGGCAGAAUCGGGUGUACCUCAGCUAGUGGAGCCAAUGAUCUGGGAUUAUACGCCUAAUCUCGACGUUGAAAACCAAAUUGCUUUGGUGAAUAAAUACCGGGAAUGUGGUUUUCAAAAGAUCUGGUUUGCUAGCGCUUUUAAAGGAGCCACAGGAGCCAACCAGCAGAUGACACAUAUUGGGCAUCACCUAGAAAACAACAAGCGUUGGCUGCAAGUGGCACAGAGAAUUCCUAGGGUCAUGCUCCGAGGACUGGCACUGACAGGCUGGCAAAGGUACGACCAUUUCUCAGUGUUGUGUGAGCUGCUACCUGUAGCAAUUCCGUCCCUGGCUGUCUGUCUGCAGAUGCUGAGAUACGGCUCGUUCUCUGAUAAGGUGAUUGCUGCUGUCAAGUCACUUAUAGGAAUGUCACAAGUGGAAACCGAAAACUUCAUCAGUGAUCCUACAGGGACCUUUCCAGGUAGCGAUGUCUUCUCACUCGUUGCUCAUGUCACCUUCUUCCUGAAGCCGUCGGUGAAAGACGUUCUGGAAGGAAACCGGUUUGUUACCGGCUGGUUCAGUCCAUAUCACAGGAAGAAAAGAAUCAUUCAUCCCAUCAUGGUGAAUCAGAUCCAGCCAGAUGCCGUCAGCCAACUGACCAGAUGGACGUCUGUCCUGGAGGAUUUGCGAGCAGCGCUGUUGCGAAUAUAUCCCCCAAAUAUAGCCGAGGAAUGGAUGGAAGAGAAUGUUCUGCCUUAUUUUCUGCCUCUGCAACAGCUGGUGGACGAUCUGAAUCUCGCGCUCGCUCAGGAUUGCUCCCAAGCAGUCUCGCUCUAACUACACAAACUGACACAUUGUGCGAAAGCAGACGAGGACCAACGUCACCCAGUUCUACAGUGGUUACUAUUGAAACUUGCCCUGCGCCUCACCACGAAUAUUCAGCUUCCCAACAUCUCAGCUUUUAAUAUCAACAUAAUGUUAACCAAAAAUAGGGUAUCAGGCUGCUAUGGGGCUCAGUAUAUAUUGUGUUCAGUUUUGCUCCAUUUCUCUAUUGUGGAGCUUGUGCUGCAAAUGGGCUCAGUAAAUGUUAAAGGGACAUAAAGGUACAAAGGAACUUUGCAGGGGUUGAACAUAUUUAUAUGCAAGCAAUAGUGAAAUAAUAAAUUGCUCCAGCUAAUAACGUUCUGCAGGGUUAGCUGGGCAUCAUAAUGUGAUCAUGUUCCCUCCACAGUAGCGCUAUGGUCCAACAAACAUCUGGGAGAGGUAUAUCCUUGGGUUUUAUAGUGUUUGCUUAUUAAAGGGGCAUCAAAGUCAGCAUUAAACGUCCAUGGUUCAGAUAGAAACUUAUGGAUUUACUAAUAUUAUAAAAUAUAUUUCCCUCUUAAUACAGGGAGAGUCCACAGCUGCAUUCAUUAC